CCAUUGAAAGGAGAAUGUGUCGCGUCCUGAGGCCCACUGGUAGUCAACCUCUCCCAGGAGCCAGGAGACCAGCCCAGUCCCCCUCCUCUAGCUGGGACACCUCUCUGACCCCACCUUGGAGCUCACCCCAGCUGCCUUUUAACUUCAUGAAGAACUCUGACGUUGGUGAUGUUAUGAAUAAAUUUGAAGUCCUUGGGAUCGUAGGUGAAGGUGCCUAUGGGGUGGUCCUGAAGUGCAGACACAAGGAGACCAAUGAGAUUGUGGCCAUUAAGAAGUUCAAGGACAGUGAAGAGAAUGAGGAGGUUAAGGAGACCACACUCCGGGAGCUGAAGAUGCUCCGAACCUUGAAGCAGGAGAAUAUUGUGGAGCUGAAGGAUGCCUUCCGCAGGAGGGGGAAACUCUACCUGGUGUUUGAGUAUGUAGAGAAGAACAUGCUGGAGCUGCUGGAGGAGCUUCCUAACGGAGUGCCGUCUGAUAAAGUCAGGAACUACAUCUACCAGCUGAUCAAAGCUAUCCAUUGGUGUCAUAAGAACGACAUUGUCCACCGGGAUAUAAAGCCAGAGAACCUUCUAAUCAGUUCUGAUGACAUCCUCAAGCUAUGUGACUUCGGCUUCGCCCGUAAUCUCUCAGAGGGAAAUGAUGCCAACUACACAGAGUAUGUGGCCACUAGAUGGUACCGCUCUCCAGAACUACUGCUGGGGGCUCCGUAUGGUAAGGCAGUUGACAUGUGGUCAGUAGGCUGUAUCCUGGGGGAGCUGAGUGAUGGCCAGCCGUUGUUCCCAGGAGAGAGUGAGAUAGAUCAGCUCUUCAUCAUCCAGAAGGUCCUGGGACCACUGCCUACUGAACAGAUGAAACUCUUCUACAAUAACCCUCGAUUCCACGGGCUAAGGUUCCCAGCAGUGAACCACCCCACCACUCUGGAGAGGAAGUACCUGGGGUUCAUCAGUGGACCCCUGCUGGACCUCAUGAAGAACCUGCUGCUGUUGAGUCCUACAGAGCGGUUUCUAACGGAGCAGAGUUUGGACCACCAUGCCUUCCAGACACCGCGACCGGUGGAGCGACCUGGACCUCCUACACCAACACCAGUCCGCUCCUCUAAGAGGAAGCCUCAUCACACGGACAACAGCGCCCCCACCAGGAGUCAUGGUGUUAAGGGUUCAGACCACCACCGCUCAGCUAGUAGAGACUGUUCCAGCCUGCCCCGUCACGAAGACCUCCAACCUAGCAAUCACCCUAGCAACGACAGCUUCCUGAAUGGCAACAGCUUGAGCCCCACCCUCCGCCCCAAGACCUAUGCCCCGGCCCCCCAGCUCCUGAAUCGCUCAGCCUCCUGCUCCAAGGACCUAGCCAACAACAACCUGCCCCACCUCCUCAGCCCCAAAGAGACCAAGAACAACCUACCCCACCUCCUCAGCCCCAAAGAGACCAGGAGCAAAGACUUUGACUUCACCUCCGGAGCCAAGGCCACAGAUGGGCCGGGAGCCAAGUACCUCAAGUCCAACAGCCGCUCUCAGCAGAACCGCCAUAGCUUCGUAGAGGGAAAGACCAGCACCCUGAUGUCUGGAGACAAACACAGAGCCAGAGACCGAGACCGCCACAGCUACAUGGGGGAGCAUGGGUCCUCUAAGUCUGCAGGAGGGUUAGGGUUAGCAGGAGGCUCCUAUAUAAACCUUUCUAAGAGCCACGGGGCCCUCAACAACGCCAAGUCAGUAGGGAACCUUAGCGACCCACGUAUCCAUGGUGACGAUCCUCCAUCACGCUACUUCCCUACUUCCUGUCUUGACCUCAACGCUCCUGGCAGCCCGGCGACCGGUCAUCAUCGUCACAGCCCUGCAGGCCGGCGCUCGGAGAGAGAGAGCAAUACACUAGACUCCUCAUCCCGACGCACCUCCUCACGACACAAGAGCUCUGAGGAGGCCAAGUCCCCUGAGGGAGGAGACCCGGGAGGGGGAGGAGGUGGAAGCCAUGGUCACUCCCUAUCCACCCCUCAUGAGGCCUUCCCCUACGGCCUGGGCUACACAUCCCCCUUCUCCUCCCAGCAUAGACCUCACCGCCACUCCAUGUACGUGCGGCGGGAGCGUCAGAGGACCCACGGGGGGGGUAGUGAGGGGGGGCUGGCGGUGGGACAGGGGAUGUCCACCAGAGCCUCCAGCCUCCAGCUCCUCUCCCCCCAGCUGCAGCACCGCACCCUGCCCAGGCACUCUGGAGGAUCUUCUACAGAGGACAUCACCAGGGUGGGGAUGUUCCAUGAACAGCACCCAGAGGACGGAGUCUCUUCUAAAGAAAACCGCAUCAUCUACAGUGAGUCCAUGCCCAGGAGGGUUGGCAGCUUCUAUAGAGUGCCGUCCCCACGGCCAGAUAACGGAGGUCAGGGCAGCAGGGGGACAGGAGGGGGGGCAGUGGACGGAAGCACCUUGACCAACCAUCCCAAACGCCAGCCGGCCUUUGACCCCUGGAUGCGCCCGGAGAUCGUGGUGAUGAACCAAUCAGAGCCGAUCAAAGAAAAGGAGAAGCAGGGCUUCUUCAGAGCAAUAAAGAAGAAGAAGAAGAACAAGUCCCAAACGGUCCCAGGUGACGGGGCAGAUCACGUGGUCGUCCAGAAGUCCGCCCGGUCAUCGGGUCAUCAGAGCAGCCGCCACCGGAACCAGGAGCGGGACCAAUCACGGGAGAGAAACUGGCCAUCAGAAAAAAUGUCUGAUGCACACUGUCAGGUUGUAAGGCAUCAAAAUAGAAGAAAUGCAAACGGGGGUAAAGCCACUAGCCAGCCACUCAAGUCUCUACGGAAGCUCCUUCACCUCUCCUCCUCCACUUCCAAUCAAACAGCCCCAUCUGAUAUGCGCUUCCAGCCCCUGCCCAACUCCACCUCGGCUAAAGCGGGUUUCAGUGAGGGUCCCAGUCGGAGCCACGCAGGCUCCAGCACCCCCCAGCUAAAGAGCAGGCAGGCCGCCUACCCCCUCCCUGGUCAGAUGGAGUCCAGCUGGCACAACUCUGCCCUUGGCAGAGCUGAGGGAAACCCUUACCCCGAGCAACACGGAGGGAGGGAAGGCAAGGGGGGCCAGAACGGACAUGGGUUCGGACGGCCCUCACGCUCACGCAUUCCAAAUCUCAAUGACCUGAAAGAGACUGCUCUUUAGAGAGCUGCUUUAACCUUGACACCUGACCCCAGACCUCUCUCUGCUGCCCAGACUUCUCUCUGCUGCCCAGACUUCUCUCUGCUGCCCAGACUUCUCUCUGCUGCCCAGACUUCUCUCUGCUGCCCAGACUUCUCUCUACUGCCCAGACUUCUCUCUACUGCCCAGACCUCUCUCUGCUGCCCAGACUUCUCUCUACUGCCCAGACUUCUCUCUGCUGCCCAGACUUCUCUCUGCUGCCCAGACUUCUCUCUACUGCCCAGACUUCUCUCUGCUGCCCAGACUUCUCUCUGCUGCCCAGACUUCUCUCUACUGCCCAGACUUCUCUCUACUGCCCAGACUUCUCUCUACUGCCCAGACUUCUCUCUGCUGCCCAGACUUCUCUCUACUGCCCAGACUUCUCUCUGCUGCCCAGACUUCUCUCUGCUGCCCAGACUUCUCUCUGCUGCCCAGACUUCUCUCUGCUGCCCAGACUUCUCUCUGCUGCCCAGACUUCUCUCUGCUGCCCAGACUUCUCUCUACUGCCCAGACUUCUCUCUGCUGCCCAGACUUCUCUCUACUGCCCAGACUUCUCUCUGCUGCCCAGACUUCUCUCUGCUGCCCAGACUUCUCUCUGCUGCCCAGACUUCUCUCUGCUGCCCAGACUUCUCUCUGCUGCCCAGACUUCUCUCUACUGCCCAGACUUCUCUCUGCUGCCCAGACUUCUCUCUACUGCCCAGACUUCUCUCUACUGCCCAGACCUCUCUCUGCUGCCCAGACCUCUCUCUGCUGCCCAGACCAGUCGGCUUCAUUGUUUCUUUUUUAAAGCUUCCAUAUUUGAUAGAAUUUGUAAUAUUACCUAUGUCAUUCUGAUUAUUAUAAUAUUUGUCAGUUAAUAAUUGCAAAUUAAUCAUAUAUGUAAAUGCUAUUUAAGAUAUAAAGUGUAUUUGUUAGAGUCUGCUUGCACACAAUUGAAAUAUGACAUUUUAUUUCACAGUAUUUGCAUUAUAUUUCCUUAAGAAUAUAUGAAGUUUAAAUUAAUUUUUUUGAUUGUUACAUUGUAGACCAUUCCUUCCCAUCAGUUAGUCUGUGCUGUUGAUUCAGUCUGUCUCUUGACGUCCAGACUGAUGGAAGACGCUCUAUAGAGGGUUAAAGCUUUAGUAUUUAGGACAAUGUUACGGCAAUGCGUUGUCCAUCUCCAAACAGAUCAGAUUUUAUAUACAUUGCUGUAGUUAGUAAACCAAUGUUCUGUGUUGACAAUCAAGAGAAUCUUGUGUUUGAUGUCAUUUGAUAGGAGAGGGCUAGUCUCAGGAGAAAUCCCAAGUUUUUGAUACAAUACUAACCCAUGCUGGCCUGUGGUACCAUUUCACCUGUAAUACUUCACCAUAAUAGCUAUGUUUUCAUAAACUAUUUUUGUUGUUGAGAUUUAGAACAUUUGCAUAGAAAAUAGAUGUGACAGUUGCCUGCUAGGGUGAGUUUCCAUUUAACUAUCCUGUGUCGACACUUAGAAAAUAGAUGUGACAGUUGCCUGCUAGGGUGGUUUUGCAUCUUGUGUCGAUAAAAACAGCUGGACGUAAGGACUUCACAUAAAACAGAAGUGGUUGAAUUGUUUCCAUUACCGUUUAGGCAAAUUGCGCAUUAAUAAAUUGGUGACAGCCUGUAUGCCCUC